AUGCAAGAGGAUAAGGCGGUCGGCAUCGCAAGGCUCAAACAAAAAAUUAAUAGUUGGGUUUCUUUGGUCAUCAACUCGGACGGAGUUGCAAGAACUGCGCUUAAAUAUGGAGUCUCACAAAACUACGCUGUUAUUGUCCCUUCGGUUGAAGAGCAUGCUAUUAAGAUGGCUUAUCCUGUUGCAAGCCUUUUCGAAUUCAAGAAUGUCGGUACAGAAAAAUCUGGAGGAUAUCGAUACUUAACUUACCAAACCAGAAAAGUUUUUGAUGUCGUUGCAGUUGAAAGGACCGAGAAACGGGGGACUGAACGGUGUUUUGCUUACAGCCAAGAUGAUCUCUCACAAGGAUUUGGCUAG